ACAUAUAUAUCUUAUCUACCCACAGUCUAUAUUGACAUUAAGGAAUGCACACCAUGUCUCUUGCCACGGCAUUUAUGUUUUUGAUAUUUUGUCACACUGUUUCUUCAAUUCUUCUAGAGAACAUUGGUCAUGAUGACCAUGUCAUCACUAGAAAUGAACUUGACCAGGAGAUUAAAGGUUUGAAGACAAUCAUUGCAGAGCUUAAUGACACAAUUGUUAAAGAAAGGAACAGAUCAAACGUUGCUUUUGUUGCGGAACUCUCUAGAAGUAUUACAAAUCCGACAUCCAACUUCCACAUCGUGUUCGAUAACGUCAAAUUAAACGCCGGAAAUGCGUACCACCCCACUCAUGGAAUAUUUGUCGCCCCAUAUCCAGGAAUCUACCACUUUGCAGUCGAAAUUACAGCGCCCCCUACUUCUGACCCUCACUCUAUGCAUGUUCGCAUUAUGAAAAAAACACAGGCUGUGGCCAUCACUUUCUUGGACAACAACAUGAGCUAUCAUCUGCGCAGAACCGGAUCUAUUGUUCUGCAGCUCAACACCGGAGAUGACGUUUGGUGUCAAACUGAAUACAUGGGUGGCCAAAACACAAUUACUGGUGGAAAUACCUACUCAAUGUUCUCUGGGUUCAUCAUCCAUCUUUGUAAAAUAAAAUAAAUCAUGUGUUAUAUUAUCCUCA